CUUUUGCAUCUUGGAAGGGACUGCAAUCUACUGUAGUGAAGAACAGAACCUCUCAAUCACACGGUGUAAAUAAGAGACGGAGGGGAGUCCAAAAGAAAAGGAAGAGGGGAAGAGUGUGUGUUGGGGGAGCGGGGAAAAGCAUUUUUGGUGGAUGGUAUGAAGCCAGCCAUGGAAACUGCAGCCGAGGAAAAUACUGAACAAAGCCAAGAGAGAAAAGAAAGUUAAGGGUGGAGAAGAUCUCAAUGAGUCAUUUAUGAACAGCAGAGCUGAAAUGGAAAUUGGCAGGUACCACUGGAUGUACCCAGGCUCAAAGAACCACCAGUACCAUCCCGUGCCAACCCUGGGGGACAGGGCUAGCCCCUUGAGCAGUCCAGGCUGCUUUGAAUGCUGCAUCAAGUGUCUGGGAGGAGUCCCCUACGCCUCUCUGGUGGCCACCAUCCUCUGCUUCUCUGGGGUGGCCCUGUUCUGUGGCUGUGGGCAUGUGGCCCUCGCGGGCACCGUGGCGAUCCUUGAGCAACACUUCUCCACCAACACCAGUGACCACGCCUUGCUGAGUGAGGUAAUACAGCUGAUGCAGUAUGUCAUCUACGGGAUCGCGUCCUUCUUCUUCCUGUACGGGAUCAUUCUGUUGGCCGAAGGCUUCUACACCACAAGUGCGGUGAAGGAGCUGCACGGCGAGUUUAAAACCACUGCCUGCGGCCGCUGCAUCAGUGGGAUGUUCGUGUUCCUCACCUACGUGCUGGGAGUGGCCUGGCUGGGCGUGUUCGGCUUCUCCGCCGUGCCCGUGUUUAUGUUCUACAACAUCUGGUCAACUUGUGAGGUCAUCAAGUCACCCCAGACCAACGGCACGGCCGCUGUGGAGCAGAUCUGCGUGGAUAUCCGACAAUACGGUAUCAUUCCUUGGAAUGCUUUCCCUGGGAAAAUCUGUGGCUCUGCCCUUGAGAAUAUCUGCAACACCAACGAGUUCUACAUGUCCUAUCACCUGUUCAUUGUGGCCUGCGCCGGAGCUGGUGCCACCGUCGUUGCCCUGAUCCACUUCCUCAUGAUACUGUCUUCUAACUGGGCUUACUUAAAGGAUGCAAGCAAAAUGCAGGCUUACCAGGAUAUCAAAGCAAAGGAAGAACAGGAACUGCAAGAUAUUCAGUCUCGGUCAAAAGAACAACUCAAUUCGUACACAUAAAUGUUUGCCAGAGUGUUACGGCCGACGAACCGACCGCUCUGCCCACUCCUGAGACCGCUGCCCUGCAGUACAGAUGUGUAUCCCACCAAACAACCUAAACACGUCCCUGUCCGGCUCGAGCUGCUGGGGUGUAUUUCCAGGAACACCUUCCAGCAGGUCAAGCUUUUUCUUUA